GCCGCCCACACCUGGCGGCGGCCCUGGGCACGGGAGCGGGCAGGAGCGGAGGGAUGACCUCUCAGGAUGCUUCAGGUGAAGCUAAUAGUAACUGGAGAUGACUUUGGCUAUUGUCCUCGGAGAAACCAAGGCAUCGUGGACUGUUUCCUGGCUGGUGCGGUAUCUAAUGUGUCCCUUCUAGUCAACGGAAGUGCUGCAGCAGAUGCAGCCAAGCUGGCAAGGAGAUACAACAUCCCCAUAGGCCUGCAUGCCAACCUCUCCGAGGGCUCUCCUGUAUGUGAGGUGCUCAAGACAAACUCUUCUCUGCUCAACCAAGAAGGAUUCUUCCAUGGCAAAAUGGGAUUCCGAACAGCUCUAUCAAAAGGUCUCCUGAAUAUGUCAGAGGUGAAGCAGGAGCUAAAGGCCCAGGUGGAGCUGUUCCAUGAGCUGACAGGUCACCUGCCUCCUCACAUGGAUGGGCACCAGCACAUCCACGUCCUCCCAGAGGUCAGGCACGUAUUUGCAGAGGUGUUAGAGGAAUAUGGGAUUAAGUACACACGUGUCCCAAUAGAGCCAGGCCUUCAUAAGUGUGACUGGAUUCCACCAUCCCUGAUGGACUUUUAUCUGGGAGUAGAAGAAGAUUCUUUUAACACAGUGGAUGUGUUUACAAGGCAUGGAAUAAGGUGGCCAGACAUUUACAUAGGUUUGAGCACCAUGGGCAAGAACAUGUCUGUCAGUAACAUCUGGAGCGCCAUCGACACUGCCAUCGUGGAGUUCACGUCCAAGGCGCCCUUGCCUGCACGCCCGACGCCACAGAGCAGGACAAUAGCGAUUGAGCUGAUGGUGCACCCAGGGUACCCAAGUGUCCCACCCGUCGGUGGCUGUGGGGAAGGACCAGAUGAUUUCUCACAGUCCUGGGAGCGCCUCCAUGAACUCCAGACAUUAAUUAAGCCAGAGCUGCAGAGCCAUUACAAAACCAGGAACAUUCAGCUUUGUUCAUUCAAAGAUCUUUAAGUAAACAAGCACACGGACAUACAUACAUUUAUUCAGACUCUGAAGACAGGCAGUUGCUCAUGUCCCGAGAGGCCAGACCACUGUUACCAGUGUAAUACCUCCUGGUACAGCUGACAGGAGCUGCGAACAGCCCGGGAAUGGCAUUAGGAUGUUCAUGGAAGAGCAACACCCUGUGAGCAGCUACAGGCAGUACCCCAGAGCCCUGACGGGCAGUUUUUAGGCCACAGCAUCUGCUCUGAAUGUGACAAACCUCUUCCGCGUCACCCACUCGCACGCCAUUCCAGCGCAGCACGGCAGCCACGCCCAGCCCUCCUCCCAGGGCUCUGUUCCUGCCAACGUGAUGGUGAGCAGCACGAAAACACGGUUUGCUGCGAGACCAAGGAGCACACUAGCACCCCGAGGGUUCUGGUCUCUCUUUCUGGACUUAACUGCAAAAAAAGAAACAUGCUAGGGAGCAAAUGCUGCUUUGGAGCAACUGCUCGGUGUAGGUUGCCCACAGGAGGCCUGGUAACCUUCAGCAUUUCGUUUUCUUAAAGCACUCAAGUCGUGGUCCCUUCCCCUCCGCUCAUACCUGCUCAUCGAUGGCGAGGGGCACAGGGGCACGGUACCUUCAGAGUGUUUCUCUGGUCAGAGCAGUCAGAUCACGGGUUUAGCAUGGUGGUGUGUGCAGCCAUACUCCAUGUACAGCCUCAGCCAGCAGUAAUUACGGCUCUUCCUAUUUACGUUGCCUCUUGGCAUUGAGCCACCACAGGAAAGUACCAUCAGCCACAGCCCUUUCA